CUGUUUUCUUCCCGCAUAAUUUAACAAACAAGCUGACAAAAACAAACACUUCUUCCACAAUUCUCAAACCCCCUUUCCCAGUCCCCACCCCCCCACCACCACUGUUUUUGUGAGACCCGUCUUUUGUCCCUUCUCUCCACCACCCCACACCCACUCAGAUCUCUCCUCCACCACCACCACCACCGCCGCCGCCGCCAAUGUUGCCGCAUAAAACCAUCCAAGAAGCCGAGACCGCCAUCGGCAGGACUCUAACCACCGCCGAAACCCUGUGGUUCAACUACUCCGCAAACAAAUCCGAUUACUUCCUCUACUGCCACAACAUCCUCUUCCUCUUCCUCAUCUUCUCUGUUGUCCCACUGUUCUACCUCAUCCUCGAGCUCGUCUACAGAAGCAUCCACACCUACAAAAUCCAACCCAAGGUUAAACUAUCCUACUCCGACAACGUCCGAUGCUUCAGAGACGUAAUGCGCAUGUUCAUCCUCGUCGUCGGACCCCUCCAACUCGUCUCCUACCCUUCAAUCAAAAUGAUUGGAAUUCGGACGAGCCUGCCGUUACCGUCGGUGGGGGAAAUUGUGGCGCAAUUGGUGGUGUAUUUUAUGGUUGAGGAUUAUACGAAUUAUUGGAUCCAUAGGUUUCUGCAUUGCAAGUGGGGGUACGAGAAGAUUCAUAGGGUUCACCACGAGUAUACGGCGCCGAUUGGGUUUGCGGCGCCAUAUGCGCACUGGGCGGAGGUUCUGAUCCUCGGGAUUCCGUCAUUUCUGGGGCCCGCCAUGGCCCCGGGGCACAUGAUUACUUUCUGGUUGUGGAUUGGGUUGAGGCAGAUUGAGGCAAUUGAGACUCACAGUGGGUAUGAUAUUCCUUGGGCUCCCACAAAAUAUAUUCCUUUUUAUGGUGGUGCAGAUUACCAUGAUUACCAUCAUUAUGUUGGUGGUCAGAGCCAGAGCAACUUUGCUUCUGUGUUCACCUACUGUGAUUACAUAUAUGGAACUGACAAGGGCUACCGUUACCAAAAGAGACUACUUCGACAGUUGAAAGAUGGAUUGAAAAGUGGUGGCAAACAGAAUGGAGGUUUGCACAUCUCUCCAGAAGAUCUUAAAUGUGACUAGUUAUGGGUCUUCAGAACCCUGCUCCUGACUUUUCGUUUUGGGCUAUGCUUUUUACUAGUGACAACUCUCUCAAACCUUAGGUUUCAAAGUUGACAUCAUCUGUUGUGCUCACUAUAUUCCAGUCUGUUAGAUUAAAGAGUUGUAGUGGUUCUGGUGGGGAUUACCUAUGGGUCCUCUAAAAUUGUUAUCUUUAGUAGUGUGGGGAGAGGAUUUAAACCAUUCAGUGUCAAGUCGUGGACCCAAACUUCUGUUAUUUGUCAGUUUGUGGAAAUCAAAAUCAUAUAGAUUGGUUGGUUUUGGUGUGUUGAUUGAGUUUCAGACUGAAAAAUCUUUACAAGUCUCCAGUCUGAUCUUCACUUUCGACUAAUUUCCUUUUAAAUAUUUGCAAGACAAGUUAUAUAUAAAUAAAAG